AUGGGGGCCCUUGACCAAUGGACCGUUGAUGAGCCCUGGCUCGACCUCCACUGCGCCCUGGGCGAGGGGCCUUUCUUCGAGGCCGAGACGAAGACGGUUCGGUUCGUCGACAUCAAGAAGAAGCGGAUCCAUACAGUAUCUCUGUCAGAGGGUAUGCAUUCGCUCAAAACGAUCCAGCUGGAUAUCUGCCCAACCGUCACGGCGGACAUUGAGGGCGUCGACCCCCGCGACAAGAUCCUGCUCGGGGUCAAGUACGGCGUCGCAGUGCUGGAUCGCAAGACGGGUCAAUAUGAGCUGAUUUCGCGCUUCUAUGAUCCCAACAAUGAGCGGUUGAGGAGCAAUGACGGUGCGGCUGAUCCUCAAGGGCGGUUUUGGCUUGGGAGCAUGACGGACUUUGGCUUGGGAGAGUUUCAGUCCGAAGGCGCGCUUCAUUGCUUUACCAGUGCUGGCGGGCACGACAAGCUCGUCGCCGACCUCACCAUUCCCAAUUCUGUAGGCUGGGCACCCGAUACCCGGACAAUGUACUUCACACACUCCAAAUCGCGCGAGAUAUUUGCCUGGGACUACGACGCGUCGGCCGGAGGUGUUCUGUCUGGGAAGCGAUUGUUCUACCGACACCCCACAUCCGGCGAACCCGACGGCUUCCGAGUAGACAAGGACGGGAAUCUCUGGAGCGCUGUCUACGGCGAGGGUCGCGUCAUCAAGAUCAACCCGCACGGUGAGGUGGUGGGCGAGGUGAGGCUGCCGACAAGGAACAUUACCUGCGUCCAGUUCGCAGGUACCGAGCUGGUCAUCACGUCGGCGGCGGACGAGGCGGCGGACGCAGCACCCCGAAGCAGAAGUCUCGGUGGGGCAGUAUUCAGGGUCGACGUCGGGACAACAGGUCUGGAUUUGUUCAAAUUUGCCAUGUGA